AUGCAAGCACAGCCUUUGCCAGGUUCCACUGUUGGGAGUUUCCCAUCAGAUGAGGGUUGGCCAUUUGCAAAGUACUUGGGAGCAUGUGGAAGAAUGGUGGCUGUCAAUUACGUUGGAGAAGAGCUGUGGAGUUACUUUAAUGCACCAUGGGAGAAACGAGUGGAUCUGGCCUGGCAAUUAAUGGAAAUAGCUGAGCAGCUGACAAAUAAUGACUUUGAAUUUGCACUCUACCUCCUUGACGUCAGCUUUGACAACUUCGCAGUUGGACCAAGAGAUGGGAAAGUUAUCAUUGUAGAUGCAGAAAACGUUCUGGUAGCAGACAAAAGGUUAAUCAGACAGAAUAAACCCGAAAACUGGGACGUAUGGUAUGAGAGCAAGUUUGAUGACUGUGAUAAAGAAGCUUGUCUGUCCUUCUCGAAAGAGAUUCUUUGUGCUCGUGUCACUGUGGACCACAAUUAUUAUGCCAUUUGUCAGAACCUUUUAUCAAGACACGCCACGUGGCGUGGCACUUCGGGAGGGCUCCUGCAUGACCCCCCAGCUGAAAUUGCCAAAGAGGGUCGGCUGGAGGCCCUGCUGGAUGAGUGUGCCAACCCAAAGAAGCGAUACGGCCGAUUCCAGGCCGCCAAGGAACUGCGCGAAUACCUCGCCCAGCUGAGUAACAACGUGAGGUAGUCCAGGGUGACCUU